AUGUUUGCACUUGUCGCUUUGCUCCUCCUCCCUUCCGUCUUGGCCACAAACCACACUUUGUCCCGUCGUUACAGCAAUAUUCGGAUGACAAACUACUUCGCUGGUGAAGACCAAGGCGCGUGCGGUGCCUGGCAUCAAGACAGCGAAUUUGUCGUUGCGCUCUCACACCAAAACUUCAAUAACGGACAAUACUGCAAUAAGCAAGUUACCAUCUCUUACAACGGCAAAACUGGCACCGGUAUCAUCGUUGACGAGUGCAUGGGUUGCCCAGAGUGGGGCCUCGACUUGUCGCAGAGCUUCUUCGGUCAUUUCGUUGGUGGCCAGCAAAACAACAACCUUGUCGGCGUUAUUCAAGCGGAAUGGUCGUUCGGCGGAUCUGCCGGUAACAACGGUGACAACGGCGACAACGGCGCUAAAAAGACCACAACGACGACCAAGCCCACGCCCAAGCCGACCACUACCUCGACAACCCAUACCCCGCCAACGACGACAAGCACGACUCCAAAGCCUUCGUCGUCUACCAGCCCAGUCCAUUCCGAAUCCCCUUCGAAGUCCGCAGCACAUUCAGCCAGUCCGAGCGCAAGCCCGUCUACACCGGCUGGUCCACAGAAUUUGGAUGCUUUCACGGGGUCUUUGGUUAACCUGCUUGGGCUCGUCGUUCAGGCAGGCCAUGCCGCUUAG